AUGUCUGGACGCGGCAAGGGAGGAAAAGGUCUUGGAAAGGGUGGCGCCAAGCGUCAUCGUAAAGUUUUGCGUGACAACAUCCAGGUUAGUUUUAACUUCUCAUUUGUAAAGAGAAUCAUGUCUGGACGCGGCAAGGGAGGAAAAGGUCUUGGAAAGGGUGGCGCCAAGCGUCAUCGUAAAGUUUUGCGUGACAACAUCCAGGGUAUCACCAAGCCCGCCAUCCGUCGUUUGGCACGUCGUGGUGGAGUCAAACGUAUUUCUGGUUUGAUCUACGAAGAGACCCGUGGUGUCCUCAAGGUUUUCCUCGAGAACGUCAUCCGUGACGCUGUCACCUACACCGAGCACGCCAAGAGGAAGACCGUCACCGCUAUGGACGUCGUCUACGCUCUAAAGAGACAAGGACGUACCCUCUACGGUUUCGGAGGUUAA